AUGAAUCCUUCACAUGGCAGAGCAUCUCUUCAUGCUGUACUUCGCCGGACUAGCAAACGCACCGACACAAAGCCACUUCCUAUCCGGUCUCUCGCCUCGGCUUCAAUUUCAUCAAGCUCUAGAGCUCAUAUUCAUGCUAUCACACCAGCUACAAUCUUAUCAUCGUGGUGGGAUCUGAUACAACAUCAACCUCGGUCAAUAGCAUGUUCCUCUAGAUCUAUUCAUUCACCCAGACAAGAAGCAUACGGACAUCCAGAAUGGCAGACACAGAACGUGGAUUCUUCUUUAUUCGAAGAAGAAGAUGCUACAUAUGUAGAACAAAAUGAGGCGUUGGGAAACAUUAUAAAAAAUCUUUCUCAAUCAAAAAGACGUGGAAUGGGAAAACAAGAUCACAGGGAAAUGAUACUUUCAUUAAUUUCACAAGACAAAUUCACAGAAGCAAAUACAUGGCUUAAAGAUUUGACCAAUCUAAAGACAGAAAUCGAGCCUGAUUUAAAAUAUUCUGUUCUGGCAUUGGAUCAAGCAAGGCAGAACAAUUGGGAUGUUGCGAUACAAUGGCUAUACCUGAUCCCCGCAAGAGAAAAGCGAUCACGCCUUGGCACAUCUAUUCGAGCCGAGUAUACUUAUUUGGCACAAUUACUUCAACUAACAUGCUCCGAAAAGGCUAAAUCAGGUGUAGCUUUGAAAGUCUUUUUCUUUCUCGCAAGAUUCGGCUAUCUAUCCGUAAACGAAAUCGGUAAAGCUGCCCACAAUGCUUUCAAAUGGUACUCGCAAUAUGGUGAAUUGAGUGCUGAUAUUGGGAAUCAGGCAGGCGCUGGACUUAGAUUGUUGCAGGUCUUUCAGAAAAUAGUCAUCCUUGAUGCCAAACAUUUUGAUCAGGUCAGCAAAAAGAGAAGGGAAAGCAGAAGAGGUCCAAAUACAAAAGCGCUAUCUGCGAUGUUCAAUUCUUGCAUUCGAUCAUUCUGCCAAGCCGGACAGGUUGCAAAAGCAUCGGUCUGGGUCAAAUCCAGCCCGAUCUUCAUGGACGAAAAGCAACAAGCUAAAAUCGGACCUGACAUUUGCGAUGCAAGUCUCAUCUCGCCUGUCACUUGGAGAAUGUUUGUCGAACGGGUAGAUUCUGCGGGCAGCAAUGCGAAUUCGGGAACAAAGAAGGACAUUAUUCAAAUGACAGAAUUCCUCUCUGAGAUUAGGGAUUCGGAACCAAGAGAUGACCGUAAUUGGGCUCGCUCGAAAUGGCAAAAGGAUCUUGAUGCAAUCUACGACAUUGGAAACCGGCUGCCCGUCAAUCUAGAAGGAGAUAAUGUUGAACGGGCCCCAACAUUCUUUGCACGGUUGAAGAACAACAUGCGAUCAAGUUUUUCGCAUGACAGAUACGAGCUUGCACUCAAGAACUAUUUUGAACAGAUUUACGAUCCCCAGUUGGAAAGCAUAGCACGAAAGGUUCUUUCUUCAGAACAAUCCAAGAGACUCACUCUGAACUGGAAGCGUGAAGAUCGAGGUCCACCAUCUGACAUAUCCCUUUCUCUCUUGGGUUUAGAGGGAUUGGUGAAAUUCGUAUACAGUCAAAAGCAAAACAGAAGGAAUGCGUUGGAGACACUGUAUAGUUCAUGGAUCGCAAGUGUGGCCCAUCUCCAAACAGAAACGGACCCCACAGAGAGGGUGUCUUCUGCCUUGAACGAGUUUGACGAUAAAUUUUCUAUGAUAAGUUCACAGAAUGGUGCAAUUCCUCCAACUUUCUCACACUUUUUGCUCUUUAUGCAAAAGAUUCCACGUGCGUUUUCGUAUGAUAUUUUUUCUCAACCAGGCGAAAAAAUUGCAUCAGUUGAUAGUAAACCACAACAUGAUAAAGCACAAGAAUGGUCUUUACGUAUCGUUGCUGAUAUGCAAAGGUUUGGCUUUCAUCCGGAUAGAAGAUGUUGGCAAAUUUUGAUUGAAAUUUUGGCCCGUGGUUUGGGUAACAAAAACUCUGAUUCUCCCAAAGAAGUAGAAGAAACUAAAGAUCGAGCCGAACUUCUGGAAAAACUUUUGCAAAAUUUGGGUAUGGGUCAAGACAAUAAAGGAAGCAUAUCAGAACUCGUAAGUCCAUUCACCUAUACUUCCCUUUUACGUGCUCUCUUGUCCGUUCCAAGAAUCAAAGGUGGUCCAUUGAUUGAAGAAGCGGAAAAGAUACGAUCUUGGCUAGAAAAAGACGAAUCCGUUUUGCAGCAAAUCCGAGAGGAGCCGGAAUUGUAUGCAGAGAACGUUAAGAAAGUCCUCAAUCAAUUGGAGGAUGCGAAACAAGAAUCAGAGUCAUAG